UCUUGAGCGUCGGCACUCCCAGAAAGGGGCGGGCCUGACAGGGCAUUGCUAAGCGACAGAGAUGUGAGCGGGUCAGGCCGGUGAAGGAGCGGAGCAGGCGGAAGCGCCCAGGUAGCUGCGGUAUGGACCGCAGGGCUGCACUGACCAUGCUCUGCCUGCCAACCUUACUCUCCCCUUGCAGUCAGCCGGUUUUCUCCGUCGGAGAGAGCCCCUUUGAGGACACUCCCCUGGAUCAAACCCACUACUGGCCAUCCCGAAGCCAGACCUGGCACCCCAAGACCCUGAGCCCAUCCAGGUCCCAGAGGUCCAAGCUCCCAGAAGUUCCUAAGGCUCCGGCCACAGGUCCCAACUCCUCUGAGCUGUUUGAAGAGUCCUGGCCAUCCAGCGCAGGGACCCCUUCCCCACCCAGCACCACUGAAGGACAGAUGGGAGCCUCCCCACCACCCAUCCCAGUUGGCAGCAAGGAGUCCGUAGUGGCCAAGUAUAUAAACCGGUUCCGCCAGGCGCAGCCUACGAGCCGAGAGGAACGCCAGCCCGCAGGCCCAACCCCAGCUGACUUUUGGUGGUUACGGCCUGAAGCUCCAGAUACCAGCAGUCAACCUGCAACAGCAGGAGCCAGUGAACCAGAAAGAAGACCCAACACAGCAGUCCCAACUCUUGCCAAGGUGGCCAGCGCAUCUCAGGCUAAGGCUGUAGCCCCCCUUCAGGAAAUGAAGCAGAGUCUCAACACGUGGAACUCAUCCCUGCUGGACCUGGAGACACUGAGCCUGCAGAGCAGAGCUGCCAGGCUGCUCAAGCGCAGCAAGGCCUCAGUCUCCUCCUCCUCGCUCAGCCCUGGCGAUGCCAGCAGCUCUGAUGGCCUCUCUCCCUUCUCCGUGACCUUCACCCCUGACUCUAGCAAGCGCUCUGACCCCAAGGCACAUGCAACACCAGCACAUGCCCCCAUCCCUGCUCCAGCCCCGGUCUCUCAGGCACCUUUGCGUCCAGAGGAUGACAUUCUAUACCAGUGGCGGCAGCAGCGGAAGCUUGAACAGGCUCGAGGAGGGCAGGGUGAUGGAACCUGGGUUCUACCCCAGACUCCUGCCCUCACCACUCCAGUCCCUGUCCCCGUUUGUCAACAAGCUCCCGCUGCCCCUGCAGAGUCCCUUGGUUCCUUGGGAACCCAGCCUAACUCCGUCCCACUUUGGAGCAGUGUGGCCCGGCCUGGUCCCCAGGAGGCCUUCUAUAUGGAGAGGCCUCCUAUUACCCCUGGAUUCGCUCCACCCAUCAUUUGGGGCCCCAGCCCCGCUGGGUUCUUCUGGACCCCACAGCCUGGUCCCUGGGUAUCUUUCGGGGCCAUUCCUCCCUCGCCCUUGGCCUCUAUCCCUGUGCCUCCGGGUUCCACCUCGGUGCCCCUGGACUCCUCCCGGGCACCUCCAGCCUCCCCUUCCCCGCCCCCAGCCUCUCCCCAGGAUCCUCCCAGUCCUGCGCCGGGCUGCCCCGCCCUGCCCGGGAAGCAGGGCCCCAAGCCUCUGUGUGGCAGAGCCCAGAGCCACAAGUCCGCUGGGAGAGUCACGGCAGUUGACAAGGGGCCUGGCCCGCAUCUCAGAGGCGCCCUGGGCCAGGUAGUAUCCGCUCGACUUUUCCCGGACAGCCUGGAGGACACGCCCCCUCACCUUGAGGACCCACCUCUGGCAGAGGCUGAAUCUCGGAAAGUCGAGGUCACACCGCCCCAAACAAAGGUUAUGGGCCCUCUAUCUGGAUCCCAUUUUCCCAAGGAACAGACCCCGCCUAGUCGGUCUAAAGCGGAAUCUCGGAAUGCCAAGGCCAAGCUCCCCCUAGCGGUGUCAGAGCCUAAGAAGGACAAAGACACUCCCUUGGCUGAAGCUGGGUAUCUGAAGCCCAAAGUCCCUCCCCCUCCAGCUGAGGAGGCGUCCGCUCGCAUCGAGGCCCCGCCUCCUUCCUUCAGGGCGGGGUCUCUGGUGGCGGUGGCUACGCCCCCGUCCUCUGCUGAGCACGCCCCCUCAGAAGAUCUGCUCUGCCAGGCCGCCCGACUUCUAGAUGCUGCAGAGGACUCUGACGGCAGCGAGUUUCAGGACGACCCUGUACUACAGGUGCUAAGAGUUCAGAGGGCCGACCUAAGGCUGCAAAAAAGGAAAGUGGCCGCGCAGUUAUCGCUCCUACUGGACCACACUGAAGACCAAGGGACUUGGUCUCCUCCAACCAGAUCGCUCCCCAGGUCCCCAGAGAGGUGGCCACAAAAGGAAGGCGUUUCUCUUGAGACCAGAUGAUGCUGAAUUGUACAAAUUCUAUUUUUCCCAAUAAAAUAUUUUUUUCAGGUUA